CGCCGGAGUUCGCAUUCACCCAGUCGCCGGCAGUUCCGCGGGACUUCCCGGCUUUGCCGCCCCUGGCCUGCGGCUCUCUCGGGGCUGCCGGGGGUGCACACCAGGCAUCAGCGGGAUUCCUGCUGCCCUCUGGAAAGCGCUGUGCCCAAAGGGAAGUUGAUCUUUGCAGAAGGUUUCUUCAGCCUGUAACCGCGCUCUCUUUUGAGUAUUGCAAAGGAAAGUAUCAGUUCUGCUGCGCGUGAAGAUCAGGUUUGAAUGGGCAGGCAGAAGUGUUUGUUUGGGGUAACGAUGCAUUGGCUCAUUCCCAGAGUGUUGCCAAGGCCAAAUAUGAAUUUCAGUUUGGUGGAUCAGAAACACAGAAACCUUCAGAAACAGGUGGACAAGGAGAUAGCACUCUGCUCCCACAUAACGUCUCCAAUGAAUUUCCAGAAUAUGGCACGAUGGAGCAAGGUGCAGAGUCACUGAGGAGUUCAUCUGAGUUUCUAGCAGAGGCUAUAACAUGCAGUCCAGAAAGGAGGGAGAAUGACCAGUUGCCUACUCUUCUUGCAAGUGGCACUUACGCAGAUGAGCCAAUAUCUUGCAUUGAGGCAUCACUGCUACCAUCGAAAGAAGAAACUUUGCCACGUGCUGAUAGACAGACUGGGAUUAUGAAAAUUUCUCAAGAGCUAGAAGCUGCAAAAGUACAGAAGGGAGCAAAUGCUUUUCUUUGUUCAGAGCUGCAAAUGGAAAAAGAAAGGAAUAUUGGCAGCCAAGGCAUACAAGCAGCCAGAGAAUUGGUUCCAGCAGGCGAAGAAAAACCCUCAGACGAGCCUCUUCCAUCUGAAGUAAGAGCUGAGGAGAAAUUGUAUUUGAUCACAGAAAAAGAUCUGGCUGCAAUAGUAACUGGAGAAAUGCAGUUAGAGUCCUUGCAAGGCAUCAAUAAUAAAACUGAGGAGGUCCCCAAAGUGAAGGAGACAAGCUGUCACACACCAUCUGUACCAGCCCUGGAGGCAGACAGCAAAGUUGGGGGCGUUAUCAGUAUUCUGGGAGAGGGAUGGUCAGAUUUUGAGAAGGAAUUUUCAGUGUACAAUCCAGGAGAGAUGCAAACGGGUCUUGGGAGGAGGAUAUCGACAGAGGCAGCUGUGAGCAAACAUGUAGAAUUUCAAGGAGUGGAGAUUUUAUGGAUACAGAAAGCAGAGGAGCAGAAGGGAGGGAAGCAUUCAGUGCUAGAGGCCAAUGCACACUUACAGAGGGCCGUGUCUGUAGAAAAGAAGUUCUCCAAAGCAUCAAGCCAACCCAUUCCAGCCUCGGUCUCCUCAGGGUUAGUCACUUUGUCUGAGAGUGUUUGGAACGAAGACCAGGCAGAUUUCAAACCAGGAGUUGGCUCGGAGUCCUUUUCUCUAGCUUUGCUAGCUGAAGGUGGGGAGGAUGAAGUCUUUGUGAAGGAUAAACUUGCAGAAGAAAAGAACCACAUGCUAAACACAGACAGUGAAAGAAUCGUGGAGGAGGAAGAAGCAGCCAUGGGAGGAUAUGAAGAUGCCCUUGGACAGAGGCACGCAGAAGUCUCCAUUGAUGUGUAUAGCUCACAGUUUGAAAACAUUCUAGACAAUGCUUCUUUAUAUUAUAGUGCGGAAUCCCUGGAGACUUUAUAUUCGGAACCCGAUAGCUACUUUAGUUUUGAAAUGCCACUCACCCCGAUGAUCCAGCAACGUAUCAAGGAAGGUAGUCAGUUCCUAGAAAGAACUUCUGCUUCAGGACAGCAAGAUGUCUGUAAGCUUCCCACAAAUGGUGAGAUCAAGAGUCAGUGCGGAGAGAUCUCCAGUGGACUAAGGGAUGUAAGUGACACCCUCUUCAGAAGAGACGUCAGAGAGGUUACUCAUUUGGACAGCAAUGCUGGACUGAAAAACUCGCUGUUCUACUCCUCAGCUGCCAUGGGUAGCAAUGAGCUCCUGGAGAAAGAUAGCACUGAAAACCAUAGUAAAGAUCUCAGCAAUGGCACUGACAGCAAUUUGGAAGCAGCCAGGAGGCUGGCUAAGCGCCUCUACCAACUGGACCGAUUCAAGCGCUCUGAUGUGGCAAAGCACCUGGGUAAAAACAAUGAGUUCAGCAAACUUGUGGCUGACGAAUACCUGAAGUUUUUUGAUUUCACGGGUAUGACGCUGGAUCACUCCCUCAGGAGUUUCUUUAAAGCCUUUUCACUUAUUGGAGAAACUCAGGAAAGAGAGAGAGUAUUAAUCCACUUCUCCAACAGAUACUAUCAGUGUAACCCAAACACCGUUUCUACUCAAGAUGGAGUCCAUUGUCUUACCUGUGCAGUGAUGCUGCUGAACACUGACCUACAUGGCCAUAACAUUGGGAAAAAGAUGACCUGCCACGAAUUCAUUGCCAACCUUCAGGGGAUGAACGAAGGCAAAGAUUUCCCUAGGGGGUUGCUGAAGGCUUUCUACAAUUCAAUCAAGAAUGAGAAGCUUGACUGGGCAGUAGACGAAGAGGAGAAAAAAAAAUCUCACUCUGAUGGUACUGAUGAAAAGGAUAAUGGACCCCAUUCAAAGGCCAUUACUCGGAUCGGCCAUUCCAAUAACCCCUUCCUGGACAUUCCUCAUGACCCCAAUGCUGCUGUGUAUAAAACUGGAUUUCUGGCUCGGAAAAUCCAUGCAGAUAUGGAUGGAAAGAGGACUCCCAGAGGGAAGCGUGGCUGGAAAACCUUCUACGCUGUGCUGAAGGGAACAGUGCUUUACUUGCAAAAGGAUGAAUAUAAACCAGAAAAGGCUUUAUCUGAGGAAGAUCUGAAAAAUGCAGUUAGCGUGCACCAUGCAUUGGCAUCAAAGGCAACAGACUAUGAGAAGAGGCCCAACGUCCUAAAGCUCAAAACAGCUGACUGGAGGGUCCUGCUUUUCCAAGCCCAGAGCCCAGAAGAAAUGCAGGCAUGGAUCAACAAAAUCAAUUGUGUGGCAGCUAUAUUUUCUGCUCCACCAUUUCCAGCUGCUAUUGGCUCUCAGAAGAAGUUCAGUCGUCCACUUCUACCGGCCACCACAACAAAGUUAUCUCAGGAUGAACAGCUGAAAUCACAUGAAGCUAAGCUGAAACAAAUCUCUACCGAGCUAGCCGAGCAUCGUUCCUACCCACCGGACAAGAAACUUAAAGGCAAGGAAGUAGAUGACUACAAACUGAAAGACCACUAUCUGGAGUUUGAGAAAAUCCGCUAUGAGAUUUAUGUUGCCCUACUGAAAGAAGGGGGGAAGGAGCUGCUGAGCAGUGGAGAAAAUGAUGGGCCAGGACUGAAGAAAUCCCAUUCGAGUCCCUCAUUAAAUCAGGAGUCUCCAGUUAGUGCCAAGGUGAAGCGAAACAUCUCCGAGAGGAAGGACUACAGACCAGAAACACCCAGCAUCAAGCAGAAGGUCACUUAGACUGCAUGAGACCGCUGUAGAAACAGCCAUGCAGCAAAAUACCAUUGGUCAAAAAUUUCCUUUGCUAACCUGUCUUUGACAAAAACAAACCAAUGCAUCUGCCUGAAUGGGGUGGUUGUGACAUUUUCUAUUGUAUAUUUUGUUGUUUCUGUACAGAUUGUGGGAGAUGUCUUGGCUCCUGAUUUGCUUUGCCUUGUUAAUUUAUCAUCUAGCCAUUGAAGCACCUCUUUUUUUAAAAGGGGUGGGAGUGGGACUUCCUGAUUUAUUGCACGUCUCCUCCCCUUCUCUCCACUCUCAUUGGCACAUGACUUUCAUCUCAAGUCACCUGUGACCUUUCUCAUUGCAGUGGGAAAAGUAACUGGACAAGCACUGCAGCAUAGUGAGUGCUAGCUGCAAUGACGAGAAAUGAAUUGUUGCUCAGUUGCAGAGAUGGAGCUGACUGCUCCCUGCAGGUUAGUUCAAUUCUGAUGCUGCGACUGGAGAUCUCCCAAGGAUGUGAAACAUGCUGGUACUUGUGCUACAGUGAUAGGAGCGGUAUAAACAGAUAGGGUACUGGAUUGUAUUAACUCUGGACCCACACAGAUCAAGGGACUAAAAAAUGAAAAUCACUGGGAAUGCUGGGCAUACAGAAUUAGAACAGGUUUUUCAAAGUGAAGACUCUGGGGGAGCAAAGGGGGGUGCCCAAAGCCAUGUCUCUCUUGAUGAUUGAUCCAGCCAGAAUUAAUUUUGUUUUUCCAUUUCACUAUUCAGUGGGUUGUUGUAGAUGACAACUGCUGGCUGUGUGUUUUAACAGAAAAGGAAAUCCCAUGUGUUUCUCAACAAUACACUCUCAUGCUGCUGCCAUACACAGUCAUAAUAUGCAUUGUUCAGCUGCAGUUUCCCUCCAGAAUUUUGAUUUCCUUUUUAGUAGGCACAGGUAUUCUGCAGUCUCUCUGAGAUCAAUGAAGGUGUUCUCCUGUUCUCUUCUGAAAGGAAUUCUGUUAAACUAUCCCUUGAAAUUUUCACAAGUGUUUAGAAAGAACAUGUUGGAACAGAAGUCCUGGUGACUCAGAGACUUAAUGGAAUAGACUCUUUGGUCUUAGAUCCAGAAUCUGACCCCGUUCCAGUUGCUCUGUUCCUGGCAGUCACACCGACGCAGCCAUAGGGACAGCAAAACCUGCUCCCUGUGGAGUCUUUCUUUAAUAGCAACUCCUGUCCUCUAUGUAAGGACAUGGCUGGGAGGAAAGGGACUUGGCCAGAGUGUCUGUAUACCUCAGCCUUCCCCAGCUGCUAGCAAUGGCCCUUUUGGGCUGUGGGCUGUAACUUAAAGCAGCCCUGAGGUUGCCUUAACGUACGCCAAGCAUGACUAAGAGACACCUUUGCUUCCUCCCAGUGCCCGCCCAUCUUGUGCUUACUGCAGCUCAGCUCGUCUGGAGGAUCUAAUCCUUAAUGUGCAAAGACAGUCCAGGUCAAUAUAAACUGCAGUAGGUGGCCUCAAAGAAACGUCUAGCUAGCUCACAUCCAGUUCUUGCAGGGGCAGGUGUUUACAUCACAGAGCUCCUCAUUACAGAGGGUAUAUUUGUGGGCAGGCUCAGCCGAGAGGCCAACAACGGAUUGGUCUUGGACGUUAAACCAUUCUGGACUACUAAACUACCAGGCUAGCAGGCAGUAGAGGGAGCAAUCAAGUAAGAUAAAGACCUUGCAGAGAAGCUACAUGAUUUCUCUAUAGCAGCCUCCACCACAAAGGACAACCAUGAGAUAUACACCCCAGAGCUCUAGACUAUAAUAGCCAUGCUGUGCUGUCAGAGAUCGUAGCAUUGAAAGAGGAAGUGGUGCACCAAAUGGAUCAUUUAGGAUGCAGUCACUAACCAGAACCAGAUAGUAUUGCAUCCAAGAGUUCCAGUGUGACUUAUGAAUGGAGUGGCUGAGCUGCUCACAAAAAUUUGUAAUCUGUCGUCGUACUAGAAGUCUAGAGGAUAGCCAAUGCCUGACCUCAUUUUAAAAAUGACUCGGAGUGAUUGUGAUUCACAGAGCUGUGAGGAGGGCUGGUCAACAUUUUCCAACGUUUGGAUUUGUUUUUUAAAAAUUACGCUAUGCUUGAAGUUAAGUACAUUGUCUAAGUGCUGCCCUGAAGAGAAACUUUCCUGAGUUAGGGCCAAAGUUAUUUGCUUGAGCAACAUUCUGGGAAGUGUUAUUCACUGUAGACAAGGGCCGGGGUAAUACACAUUGGAAGAAAUAAUUUGAACUGCUCAUUGAGGGGUAGUAGAUUACCACUCAGGAGAAAGGCCUAGGCAGCCUGCAGCUGUUCAUUGUACAGCAGUAGUUUAAAAAAGGAGGGAGCAGUAAACGAGAGGUUGAGUUAUACUGAGAGACAGGGAGAGCGCUAAUACCGAGACUGCUAAAUGUCAUUACAUAGGGACAAGUAUCAGAGGGGUAGCUGUGUUAGUCUGGAGCUGUAAAAGCGGCCAAGAGUCCUGUGGCACCUUGUAGACUAACAAACGUAUUGGAGCAUGAGCUUUCGUGGGUGAAUACCCACUUCAUUGGAUGCAUGUAGUGGAUUUGCCGCUAUUACACAGGGAGAUGACCUUGAGUCCUGCAACCAUUUCACAUCAGUUCCUCACAGUAAUAGUACAGCAGAAACAGAAAUGGUCCAGAGAAGUCACAAUUUGAUCCCUGCUCCACUCCCAGGUCAAUGCAGCUCUACUCUGGCCCUUACUCAAGGUAUCCAGGUACUUGUUGUGUUUACAAAUAGAGUGCAGUGGUUUAAAAGGCAAAGAGGUGACAACUGCAAAUGUUUGUGUUGGCUUUUAAGAUAUUCUGGCUGCCCAUGGAUUGUGUUUGAAUUGUUGAUCGCCCAGUCACAAGCUGAAGUUCUCCCAUACAAUAUCUUUCUCAAUCUACGCAGAUACUGUAUAAUUCAUGCUCACAACUAUGGAACACCUUGCAGAUGAGUGAAUUUCAUGCAGUUUGAAAAGUCAGAUACAGUGAAUCACAAAAUUCAUUUUAUUUAUUUUGUCAAAUGCAGUUUAGUUUUAAUUAUUUAUUACACUACUCCAGAGUGCACUUGUACAUGGAUUGUGGUAUAUUUUGUAAAACUUACCGGUCUUAGUAAAAUGCAAUUUCACUGCAGUUUUCAGCUGUUAAAUAUUCCCUGAGUUCUGCUUGCUUUUUGUGAGAGUUCUGAAGCGUGCAGAUUAAUGAUCUGAGAAUCUGUGAGGUUUUAGUAUCAGUUGGAAUUCCCACUGUUGGCUGUGUCAGUUUACAGUUGACCUGUGUCGCCGUCUCCUUUGGUAGGUUUUACUGAAAUAAGUAAAGAGAAAACACAAAGGCAGAUCCUGCUGCCAUUGAAGUAAGUGGCAAAACUCCACAGACGUCACUGAGCAGGAUCACAGUGCUGACCAGUAUUGCAGUUUAGUUUGCUUUUAACAUUACAGUGUAGCAGAGAGGGUGGGCCAGAUUUUCAGAAGGUGUAAAUCAGCAUUGAAGAGACUGGAGCUUUGCCAUUUGGCCCCCUCCCUCUGCCCCUGAGAAUCUGUUAUGUGUUGCACAUUAUUUUCAAAGUACCUUGCUUUACAGCUCCUGGAUAUAUGCUUUUAGCAGAGAAGAUAAAUAUGUGAUUACACUAUAUAGGUGCCCAAGCCCUUGGCUGCUCUCAAGAAGCAUUGCAGCUCAAGAGGGACUUUUUAAAGUCACUUUUUAAAAACACUUUUGUGUUUGUUUUUUCUUGGGCCCACUGUGUGCCAGGCUGCUGUAAAUUGUACUAGCUGCUCAGUACUUCCAAGGGAAAAUAUGGCAACCAGGAAUCAUCAGGAGCGAGGGAACCUCCAGACACACAACCUUUUCCCAGUCAUUUGCCCAGUGCAGGCCACAGGGAGGGGAUAUGACAUAGAAGCCACUGUGGUGCCUCCAGCUGUAUCACCCGAGGAUUCCUCCACAGUGAGGUGAUUGUGAUGUCCAUGAUCGGUUACCGUGGCUUUAGGGCACUGGCCCAGUGCAGGUCGAGAUUGGAUUUGAACAGGAGGUCCCCUUCUGAUAACAAGUAGCUCAGAGUGGCUGAGAAUGUCAGCAUCCAUGCAGGGUGCUUUUGAUUGUCACUCUGUAGUCAGAAUUCUCAUGAUUAACCCUUUGCACUCACCUCCAAGGAGCUACCCUGAUCUGUACAGAGAGGUACCAUGCUGUGCUCUUUGGGUUUGCUCUCGCUCACUUGAAGAGCAACGCGUAGGGAACGCUCAAAUCUUGGGUAUUUCAUCGUGUGCAGUUCCUGCUGCCCCAUGAGGCCUCCACCUCCCUUUCUUUCAUGUACACUUUUCCCAGGCUUUUCCCUUGCAGAUUCUGGUCCUGAUGCCGUAUCUGAGGCCAGUUUCCCACUGAGGCAUUGGGAUCGCUGCGUGAGGGUGUCGGGAUUGAGCCUGUGGCAGCUCUGCAGCAUUACAGCUCAUUGGGUGCACUCCAAGGGCUAGUUCUAAACUGGUGGGGGAGGGGGAGGCAUCUGCUGAGUCCCAUCUGCCAGUGGACAGCUGCAAAAAUCCCAUGGUCAUUAAGCCCCAGCUGGAGCCUAGGUCUCUCCCUUCUGCUGAGGCUCCUACCCCUUCUCUUCCUCUGUACAUCUAACCUGAGAACAGCUCUUCCCACCCCACACACAGACAGCUGGCUCGGCUCCAGGGAAGGAGAGCUGCUCCACAGCCCCUUGGAGCAGAACUUCCCACUCUCCAGCGUUGGCGGGAGGUGAGGGGAGAGAUGGGGGAACAAGGACAGAGAAGCAAAACCAGCACCUGCCCUCAGCCUCCUCUCCAAGACCACAAGCCACUCCACCCCCCCCCCACACACACACACCACAAACCUUUUCUAACCCACUACCACCAAAACGGGCAAAAUAUUACCCCAGAACCCAAAUCCCCCAAUCCUUUGCAAAUGGCAAGGAUUCUGGGGUUUGGUGCAUGGGAUGAUUCUGUAGGUCGUGGCUGAGAAUUGCUGGCCUGUGUGUGUGUGUGUG